AUGUGCCCAUUACGGGUACACUCAUGGACAGACAUUAAAGAAGAUCAGCUAGAACACAUGUGGGAUGCUGUUACUGAUAAAUUUAGCUGUGACGACAUGAAUGCUAAGAAAGAACAUGUCCUUCAACCUAUGAGAAGGUUGUGGAAUAACUGGAGAGGAUCACUUCAUAAGAAUAUGAAGUCUAAGCCAUUUUGUGAUGCUCUAAAAGAUGUUCCAAGAGGGGUAGAUAAGAGUGAUUGGGAAUGGCUGGUUAAGGAGCAUUUCUUAAGUGACAAGUUUAAGGAAACAAGUACAAGAAACAUUGUCAACAGGUCUAAGUUGAGUAUGCCUCAUCGUACGGGGAGUAAGCCUAUUAGAGAAAUGAUUUAUGAAUUGGGAGGUAAAGAUGGUAAGCCACCAAACAUGGAUACUAUCUUCUUCGAGACUCGUAAGAAGGAUAACAAGCUUGUCGAACCUGAAACAAAUGCAAAAUAUGCUGAAAUCCAAAAAUUGGUUCAAUCUGAUUCUUCUCUUACAAAUAUUGAGGUCGUAGAAAAGUGUUUUGGACCUCAAUGUAAGAGUCAUGUAAUUGGAUUUGGUGGCGGGAUAACGGCUAAAGAGUUGAAAGGUGGGAACUCUUCAAAGGCUGCAUUAUUAGAUAAAUUGAAUGCACGUGAAAAAGAAAAUGAAUCACUAAAAAGACGCAUGGAUGAGUUAGAGAAUAAAUGUGAACGCAUGGAUGAGUUGGAGAGUAAACAUGAACAACUUGCAAGAGUACUGGUUGGUCAGCCUUCAACACCUGCGUCUUCAAGUGAUCAAUAG